UGGAUGCACGAGCUCAGUUGUUACGGUUUCAGUCUAACGUAUUGUCAACGACUACGAUAAAAAAAGGGGUCUAAAGAGGAAUUUGUGAUAACAAAUUUGGACAAAGUCAAAAGGAGAAUUCCAAAUCCAACAGAUAUGGAAGAAGGAGAGACCGUAUCGAUACUUUCCAGAAAAGAGCUACGUAAACACAAGUUGAUGGAAUACUUGGCAGCAAAAGGAAGGCUGAAACUGCCCAACCCUAAGCCAUACCUCCGAGAUGACUGUGAGGUUAAGAAGCCUAUGACGUCUGCAUUUAAGAUUGUUAAGGGAAAAGAAAACAAGGCUCCAGCUGACACAUUCAGAUAUGAAGGCACAAAAACCACAAAACUCCCUGACAAAAGAGCGUUUGGUGUCACUAACAAAGUGAAUGUUAAAGGCAGCAUCCUGACUGGACGGCGAAAUGCCAAAUGUCCAUCUUCAAUCGGUGGCCCAGCACAGCCACAACGUAAUGAAAACCCAGUGCUUACAGGAGUGGACACUAUUGUGUCCUCAAAAUCCAACCUGAAUGCAACCAGCCAACUCAAAAAGCCACCAAAUACAGGACUGCUAUCCUCAGGCAGAGCCUCUUCAAAUACAGCUUCCAACACAAAGUUCAGCAGUAGUUCAAAUUCUGCCUGGUCAGGUCCAAGAAAAACAGUCAGUGUCAGAAUGAGUCUUGGCCCAGUUGUCAAAACAAAAACAGGGCUCAUUCCUGCAGUGACCCAGUCAAGAAACACAAAGUCACGUGUAACACAUACUCCUGCCACAGCAGCUGAUACCACCAUUACUUCUGUGGGUAACAAAGUGCGAUCCAGCACUUCAUCAUUAGUUUCUGUUUCCCAGAGCUCUGCUACAGCUCAGAGGAAAACACUUCCUAACACUGCUCUAAACAACCCUGUUAAUGAGAGAACUGUUUCUUCAACUGCUAGAGCUGGCGUUAAAGUUCAAAGUCAGGACAAGUCUAACUCAAAACCACUUUUGGGGACACAUUCUCAGUCAUCUUGUAAGAGUCAAUUAUCAAGUCAUGGACGGAAACCAGUGCCCACCUCAAAGUGCACAGAAGCACUUAUUAAACCUGAAGGGAGAGGAGGUAUGUCAAAAACGAAUAGAUCAGCUGGUGAGUGCACAGACAGGUCAACAAAGCAGAAAUCUGAAGGUGGUGGAGAAAAAAAUGGAAAAUUAUGCAAAGUCCUCAGCCGAACAUCCUAUGAUGCAGUGUGCAGGUGCACUUCAAAAGCGGUAAGUGGUCAGUUUACGCGAGCCGCUGUGGCUGAGUUGGGAGGGAAAACCAAGACAUGUAAAGAGACACAAAGCAAAAAGGGAUACAGUUCAGCAAAUGCCCCUCUGCCACAAACAUGCAUAAAAAGAACAGGCGCUCCAGUGAUGUCACAGACAGUGCCGCAGCCUUCCAGGACCAUCAGCCUUACAGGACAAGUCACAAACAUGAAGACACCAAAGGUCUCAGUCAGGAUCAUUCCCCAGACUGAAGGAAAGAAAAUGACUGCUGCCCAAGAGGAAAGAAUGAGAAAACUGCAGGAAUGGCGAGAGGCAAAAGGUAUUUCUUACAAGCGUCCUCCAAUGCCAGUAAAACCUCAGGUGAGGCGCACAGUGGCUGCGCCCCAGCCUUUCUGGACCUCCAUGAAGGAGGAGGACGAGACUCACUCCCUUAUCUGUGCUGUUGACAGGUCCCUGGCUGAUUGCAUCAAAUUGCUUGGAGAGGGUUGCCCUCCAGAACAAGUGAAGGAGGUUCUCUUGCGGCUGCCGGCAGUGUCCCAGAAGUUUGCCAAAUACUGGAUCUGUCAGGCCCGUCUGAUGGAGCAAGAGGGCAACCUGGAUGUCUUGCCCAUGUUUGAAGAGGCUGUUCGUGUUGUGUUGGAGCCAGUGGACGAGCUGCGGACUGUGGUGUUUGAGAUUCUGAAGAAAAAGGACGAGAUCCAAGCAUCUGAUACAAAUGAGAAAAAUGAGGACCAAAUCCCAACAGUGGAGAGCUCUCCUGAGAGUAUCAACAACCCAAUGAUGACCCCUAAACCUGUCAGAGCUCUCAUCUGUGGGGAGAAAGGAAACUCAUCUGUAGUCAAGUAUAAGAUCACAGCGACUCCUGGUGGCCCCCAAAGCCAACAGAGGGAACCAGCACGUGUCAACGGUCAGGAGGUACGCUUUUUCACCCCGGUGAGAAGGUCAGUGCGAAUCGAGAGAGCCUCACUCCGAUACCCUGCCUCCCUCCAGGACCACGAUCUCUGUGUGACCUCCUACAAUGACCUGAUCUCCAAGGAGGUUGAAGAAAACAGUGAAGAGCAGGAGGUUGGGGAAACCAGCCCAUCUUCUAAUGACACGCCGAUGUACAUCUAUAGACAGAAUGAAGCCCUUAAAGACAAGGUGUUUGUCCAGCUAGUCUGCGAUUAAGGUGUUCAGUCUUGGGUGCUUGAGUAAAACAUAUAUCCAUAUGUGUGUCAGAUUUCUUUCCUGAAAAGAAGGUGCGUAUUAUGCUUGUAAUACUAGGACCUGACGUUUCAGGCAAUGAGCUUUUUUUGUUAGGUUAGGUUUUUGUCACACUUACCUAUGAAGAAAUUAUUGGGUUUAUGCUUUUGGUCUCUGUAUAAUUUUAUUACUUCAAAUUUUGUGUAUAUAAUGUAAAAUAAA